AUGAAUGGGCCACCGGUGGUCCAUGGAAAUGGUAAUUAUAAUUCCAGUGUGAUGAGUGAGAAUGCAGAUUACUCCACAAGAUAUCAGUGCAUAGAGUGUUUGAGAGUUCUUGAUACAAGAGAGGAGUAUUUCCGACACUUCAGUGCUGAACAUCGAUCAGCUUGUAUUCAGGAAAACUAUUAUCGAUGUUUUGGUUCGUGUAAACGUCUUUUUCCCAAUAUUGAUAUUUUUCGAGAACAUUUAUCAGUUUGUCAGCAUGCACAAACAAUUUUUCGGUCAACAUUUGGAUAUUCCUAUACUUAUAGUAAUGAUAAUAAUGACAAUAAUAAUAAUCAUAGUAAUAAGGAUAUACUUAAUUUAUUGGACCCAGAGCAUACAGAUGACAACCAACAACAACAAGCACAACAGCAACAGUCUGCCAGAACCUACUCAUCAUGUGAGAAUAAUGCAUCUUCUUCGUCUGCUUCGUGUGCUUCCAGUUAUGGGAUGAAUAAUAAUGCAUCAGUAAUAUUUGAUCGAAAAUUAUGCUUCUGUGCAUACUGUGGUAUUGGACCAAGGAGAAAUACAGCGGUGACUGGUGGUGGUAUUCAUCCUUCGUCUACAGAGAUAAUAACAACAACAGCAACGACAACAAGAACAACUACUACUACUACUAUGACUUCAACUUCUUAUUCCUUGUGUAUGGAUCAUCCACAUGCACAGAUGACAUCUGAUUCAUUAUUGCUGCCUGCAGAAUCAAAUGUAUCAGACGAAGUGACACAAGGUGGAAACAACGAAAUCAAUCUAGUACUUCAAAAUCAAGAACCAAUAGCAGACAAUGGUUCUAGUUCCGACUGUUCUCAACAGCUACUGCAACAACAACAACAUCAACUACAAGAAUCUCCUAGUAACUGUGAAACAACUCCAUUCACUGCUCGAUACUUUACAGAUCUGAUAGAUUUACACAAUCAUGAAAGAGAUUCUCACUUUUUCGACAGUCGUAAACUGAUUGCUUGUCCUUGGUGUCACAAGCAAUUGACAUUUUCUAAAAAAGAUAAUGCUAAUGUGACUUAUGAACACUUAUUAUCACAUGUUCAUGAACACUAUAUGGUUUCUUGGUGUCUUGCACGAACACGUCAGUGGAAUGAAAAUGCUAAAGCUCUACCACAUUGUGUAUGUGGAUUAGCCUUACUUGAUUCUCCACUGGCUAUUUUACCGCAUUCUGGAACACACUUGAUACAUGCAGACAAGUACAAGUCAUCGUGUAUUGUUCUGCCAGAUCCUAUACAACUACGUCGAUUGAAGCGUCAACAUCCGAAUUCAUCAUCGUCAUCUUCAAAUAAUCGACAGUAUUCAUCAGAGGAAUUUCUAUUCCCGAAACCUAAUGAUCACAUUCCCUGUUGUAUAGAAGUUUAUCGACAUCUACGAUUUGGUGUUUCUCCACAAUUUGACGCCCACCUUUUAGAAGCAACUAAAGGAAGCUUAACCUUUACAUGUCCUAUUUGUUCCACAGUGCUGUGUACUCGUUGGGCCUUAACACAGCAUGCAUUUUCAGAGCAUUGGGGCACUUUAUGCUAUAUUUGUUGUAUUUACACAUUCAAUCCUGAUGAGAAUUCGCCUUCGUUAGACAUCAGCACUGAUGAUGGGAAUGUACAGAUGCCAAAUGCCUGUCCAUCAGUGUCAUCUUUACCAACUAUCGCUUCUUCGUCUUCGUCGUCUUUAUCUCCAUCUUCUUUGAUGACCACGAAGAAGAUAGCAUCAACAUCCACAACAGCGACACCGACACCACCGACUGAGAUUGUCGUACCACAGUCAAUGAAAAUGUCGGCUAAUUUAUGGGAUCACAUCUUUCAGUGCAUGAAUCAACGCCGUGAUCUCCUGAAUAAUAGUCAUCAUCAACACGGUCCAUUUCCUUCAAUGUCUUCGUUGUCAAUGUCGUCAGCACCAUCAUCACCAUUGACGGAAGCUAAUCUUCGUGUGAAUGAUGUUGACAACCAUCACGACCAGCAGCAGCUCUUCAUUAGGGAAAUUGAUUUAGACCGUAGUGAAAGUGAACUACCAAGAUAUUCUUACAAUUACGAUAACGGUUCUGAUUGUCAUGAUCCCGGUGAAAAUUUCUAUGAUUUUGCGCUUACUAUUGUGAGUUCACCUGAACAUGAGAAGAUGACUAAUAAUGAUAAUAAUGCUGAUAAGAAGUGUUCAGAUGUGGGUUCCUCUUCAACUCAGAUACAAGAUAUCAAUGAAACAUAUUUAUCAUCUAAUAUUUCAACUGACGCCAUCUCUUCGACCAGCGUCAGCACCACUACCAUUCCUAUGACUUCCAACUCGUCGUCAUUGUUAUCUACCGCUGCUCCUGCUACCGCUAUUACUACUACUACUACUACUACGAAUACUUCUGUUGUUGUUGCUGCUUCCGCUCCUCUUCCUUCAUGUAGUAGUGCUAUUGAAUAUGUACAUAAAAUAUUUGAUAAUAAAUCUUUAAAGAGGAAGGCAACAACAACUUCAGAAUCUUGUGGAAGUACAUCUCAUAAACGGUUAUCCCUAUCAUUAAACAAAGGUGAUUGCAGCAACGACAACAGCGUACAAGGUAGUUGUCAUCGCAGUAUUGAAGGUGUUGGUGGUGUUAGUGCUGGAGGUGAUGAUAAUGACGAAUAUAGUUCAACUAAUAAUUCUGCUACUACUACUCCUUGUAUUGACUGGGGGGCGCAAGAGCAGCAGCAUAACAAUUCUGUUGCAUUUCAAAAGUGUUCUCCGCGAAUACGAAAUGAUCCAUUUGUUAGUUGUCAACUUUCAUGUAGAAUAACACAGCAGAAAGAAUAUCUGACUGCUGAAUUACAAGCAGAAGUGUCGGUGUCUGAUAGACCAACAAUACCAAGUGGAGCUGUAUCGAAUUCGUCUGUACCUCUGAUAACUUAUAAAUGCUACCUGUGUCGAAAUAAAACAUAUACUGUUCGGUCUUCAUGUCUGAGUCAUAUGACCCUUGCGCAUGGACUUGGAACAUCAGAACUGGAUUGGAAUCGUAUGAUUGAAACAAAUGAUGUCGCAUCUUCUACUCCUUCAGCUGGAUCUAAAAACAAUAACCCUAAUUUGUUGUCGUUGUUGAAUAAUAAUAAUAAUAACCCAACUACUACUGGAUCCGCUUCAACAGCACCACGGACGACGACGACGUCAUCAUCAUCGUCGUUGACGUCUAGAUCAGGUGAAUGUGAUCGUGAAGAGAAUGCCAAGAAGAACAGCAGCAGCGGCGGCGGUAAUCGUGUGGGUGUUGUUCUCGGAAAGAUAUUCCUUUGUAAACUUUGUAAUAAGGUUUAUAAGUCACGACGUAGUUUAUUAAGACAUAAAAUUUCACAUCAUGGACAGGCGGAUAGUCAGGCAGAGGCGGGCAGGCAAACUGAGUGAUUGAUUGGUUGGUUGAUUGACACAUUGACUCAUACGUCUUUCUCCAUUGUAUGUCUAUUACUGUCUUAUUCACAGUUGUUAUGUAUACAUUACAUAUAUAUGUAUAUAUACAGUUUGUACAGACACACAGACAUAAAUGUAUGCGUUUAUUUCCACGAUGCAUUUGUUAUAUAUACAUAGUUUUUUAACGAUUAUAAUUGUACAUACACACAUA